AUGGGACCCAAGCCAGCGAACAAACCGAAGCGAACGCCCAAAGAUAACCCAUCCCUGGGAAAGAUCGACAGCCCUUACGUUCCACCACCUGUAGAUGACCCUCCAGUUGUGCCGAAGUAUGGUCUAUGCAAGAAGCCCGCCAACCCCAGAAAGACUCCCAAUGACGGCGCCCAAAUGAUGAUCCGGAGCAACUACGUCAAAGUCACAAAGGUACCCGAGAAUCUCCACGUGUACUCUUUGGCCUUCUUUCGAACCAAUCAAGAGGGGGUUCGGAUGGAGUACAACAAACGUCGCGAGAUCCGGGAUGCAUUCCAGGCCAUGAUCAAGGUCGAUGCGCUACAACUCGAGGCUGACGGUAUGGAACGGGUGACUGACUUCAAGACACUCUGGACGACUAAACCAAUCCAUGGUCGUGAAGAGAAGGACUACACGUUUCUGAGCCAGCCCUUUGCAUACACUCAACAGAAUGGCAUAACUGUCACUAACAUGCAAGCGGAAGUUUGUUAUGUCGGCCAUCUUAGCGAUAUCGAGAACGCACUCCGAACGAAGCAUCUCGCGUCAUUGCCUGAAUACAUCCGUGCUCUCAAUGCCAAUGUAGCUCAAUGCAUUGAAAACCGCCAAGCUACAACAGAGAAGAAGGUCAGCCGCGUAGGAGCGAACAAGUUUUAUGUUUCCAAUGGUUACAAGGAGAUGAGAGGCUUACUGGCAGGUCGCGGCUACUUCACUUCGAUUCGUCCUGGCGCCGACGCAACCCUCCUGAACAUCAACCCAGUAACUUCCGCUUUCUUGCCGCCUGUAACAGUCUCUGAAUUCAUCAAGAAGAUUGGCACUAACGAGCAUGCUCGUGCCUACGCUAGUCAGCUGUUGCAUGGAGCGACAGUCAAGAUCCGGUACCAAAGAUCGAACUACGUUGGCAGUGAUGUCGACUACAACUCUGAUGCAGCUCGACUAAAGAUCUUCAGUCAGAUCGGGCCAUACUGUGCUCACCAGCAGAAGUUCUAUGAGCUGGCGGACAAAGUGGAGGACGCACCUAGGAAAACGAAACCUACCGACAGAGGAACUACCGUUCUCAAAUACUUUACGGACCACGCAAAGGUGCAAUUUCCGGCCGGAACUGCUCAAUCAUCACCUGAGAUGUAUUGCAUCAACGUUGGAAAACGUGUCAAGACCAAGAAGAUGGACAAUUCACCGCCAGAAGAUGGGCUGAUGCGAUCCCAAAGCGCGCAAGGUGCGCUAUGGAUACCUGCUUGCUUGCUUCAAAUCAUACCAGGACAAGUCAUCAAGACAACGUUGAACAACAUGCACACCAGCGAGAUGAUUAGGCACGCAUUACGCCUACCCGCCGAGAAUGUUGGUUUACUUGAAGAAGAGGGGCUUGAUAUCAUGGGUGUUAGGGCUGGCAGCGAUGGUCAGCAGCCGUUGGUAAGUGAUUUGCUUUCCGAUCAUAUCCAUCUAGAUCCGCUAACAGCCCUAUGGACCUCAGUAGGUUUCGAAGUCGAUGACGAACUUAUCGAAGUUCCCGCUAUCCAACUUCCCCAGCCGAAACUGUCAUACGGUGCGUCGUCCCCCGAAAAGAUUCCGAAGCUUGGAUCCUGGGACUUGCAGGAUGUUACGUUCGCCGCCCCAGCAAAGUUCAAGGACCUCUGGAUGCUGACAAUGCCGAACUGCUUUGGCAACAAGAAAGCUACAGUUAUAGACGUCUACUCGGCCCUCGCCAAGCGCCUAAAGGCCCAUGGUCUUCAAUUUGAAGAUGGUCUCAAGUAUGACCCAGAGGGAAAGCCUACUGACCAUAGCGAUCAUAUUUGGGCCCGGGAGACGCUCUUCGAUGAUGAGGCCAGCCAUGAUGAUGAGGAAACCGUGAGGAAGUUCCUCAACUACCAUGUCACCGGCCCUAACGAUUGCGGCUUCAUCCUCAUUCCAGAAAAGAGCUACGAAACCUAUGCAAUGGUCAAAAGGAUUGCAGACUUUGGCGGCAGAAACAUCCUCUUGGCAGUCGGCUCCAAGUUUCUACAGGCCAAGCCAGACCAGUUUCUGUCGAACCUCGCUCUCAAAGUGAACAUUCGAUUCGGUGGAGAUAACCAUCAUUUCAGUCCGACGGACUUCAACAAGAUCUUGAGUCUGGAGACAAGAAAGAACACGAUCGUGAUCGGCGCGGAUAUCGCCCACUGCGGUGGUGGUGGUAAGGAGGGAAGCCCAAGUAUCGCCUGUCUUGUCGGCAGCAACGACUCUGCCUUCAUGUCAUACCCUGGCUCCAUGAGACUGCAACGCGGCGGCCAAGAGAACAUCGACAACGAUCACAUGUAUUCGAUGAUUCAGGAACGUCUUCGAGGGUGGCAGGCACUCUACAACUCAACCAUGGCAAAGCCCGACUACAAAAAAUGGCCUAGCAAUAUGAUCUUCUUUCGAGAUGGUAUCAGCGAAAGCCAAUUCCAAUCUUGCAUCGACGAAGAGAUUAAGACUAUCAAGAGGGCUUACAAGGAUUUAUGCACCCGAGGCCUGACCUUGACCUUCGUCGUUUGCGGCAAGCGCCACCACACACGCUUCUACGCAACAGAAGAGAAGCAGACAUACACGGAGAAGAGCCUGAACGUUGGUGGCGACAAAAUCCCAAAUGGCAUCAAUGGAAAUUUGCAACCUGGACUUCUCGUCACCGACGUAGUCACGAACCCAGUUCCGUUCAACUUCUUUCUCCAAUCGCAUAAAGCCAUCAAGGGAACGGCUCGAUCGGCGCAUUACCACGUACUGGAGGACGGCAUGAAACUUGGUCAGAAGCGUCUUCCCGAGUUGACAAUGAUGCUCUGCUAUGCCUUCAGCCGUGCGACGACAGGUGUCUCGUACGCUGCGCCUGCCUAUCUAGCGGAUCGUUUGUGCGAGCGAGGUCGUGUUUAUCUUCGCGCCUGGAACCUGGAUCCCGAAAUGAAGCCGACUCUAAACAUUCCCGUGGAGAAAGACGAGAAGGGUAAACACAAGCGCCCUACUCAGGAAACGAUCGAUGAAGCGAAAAAGGUGUUGGCGCACGACAUCUCCACCACUGUGUCCAUAUGGGGUAAGCACUACGGUACGAAGCCGCCGACUCUCGAUGGCAGGACAUGGCUCAAUCCGUGGAACCCGAGUCUGCUUGAUAGAGCUAGCAUGUUCUGGAUGUGA